GAGCGGAGCAGUGCCGUGCGGGGGGCGGGCGCGGUGGGCGACUGGCGAUGACAUUCGCGAGGAGCCCGCAAGCGGCGGCGCGGGAGAAGAAGAAGAAGGAGGAGGAGGAGGAGGAUGAUGGUUGCUGAGGCCGGUAGGAGCAGCCCCGUAAUGUCACCAUGAUGUCUCAUGUAAGUGAAAUGUGGUGCUAUCAUUGGAAAUGGAAGCUGCAGCACUGUCUCUGCUUGUUUACUAUGUAUAUCUUAUAUAUGCAGCAAGCAGCACAUGGAUGCUAUGACUGUAGGAUUGUGCUAACUGACCCAUCUGGAGUUUUCACUUCUCCAUGCUUCCCCAGUGAUUAUCCUAACAGCCAAGCAUGCAAGUGGAUCAUCCGAGCACCUCAUGGAUUCAUCAUACAGCUAACAUUUAUUGAUUUUGACAUUGAAGAAGCUCCAGGCUGCAUUUAUGAUUCAUUAACAUUAGACAAUGGAGAAAGCCCAAUGAAUCUUUGUGGCAUCACUGCCAAAGGAUUAUCCUAUAACUCUACCGGAAAUGAAAUGAUUGUGUCAUUUAAAAGUGACUUCAGUAUCCAAAAGAAAGGUUUUAAUGCCACCUAUGUACGAAUUGCCGUGUCUCUGAGGAAUCAGAAAGUCAUCAUUCCUCAGGUUCCUGAUGUUGAUGCUGUGUAUGUGGCAGAGACUGUCUCAGUGCCAGAGCUCAGCCAGUUUACGCUGUGCUUCGAAGCAACCAAGGGCAGCAAUGAUGACAAUGAUGACUGGAAGGUUUUCUCAUACACCGAUGCAUUGUCAAAAGAAUUUUUCAGCUUUGGGAAGACCACAAAAGGCCAUUUUCUGUCCAUCUCAGGCACGCAGUGCAUCCUUGAGAAUGCAUUGCCCCGAAAUGCAGAGUUUUUCACGGGAACUUUUCAACAGCUCUGUGUCGUAGGGGAUAGCUUCUCAGGCAGCAUAGGUAUAUAUGCCAAAAGCACCUAUCAUAUAGUGUACUGUCCAGGUAUCUUUGGCAAAGUUAUCCCUGGAAACGGCAGGCUGGUGCUGGGCUCUAACAGCAAUGAAGUGAGCUCUCUAAAUGGAGACAUUUACAACUUCCGCCUCUGGAAUUUCACCAUGAAUGCACAAACACUGGCCAACCUCAGCUGUGAUGUGAAAGGAAACAUUGUAGACUGGGAAAAUGAAUUCUGGAGUAUUCCAACUUCAGCACUGAAAGCAGAAAACAAUUUGAGUUGUGGCUCAUACCUAAUUCCCUCUUCUACAAUUGAACCAACCAGUUGUGCGAACCUGGGAAGCCUUUGCCAAGCUACUGUAAAUGCUACUACUCCUACACCACCCACUGUCACCACUAACAUGCCCGAUACUAAUAGAAACGAUAAGCCAAACAAUGGUGGGCUAUUCUACAGGAUAUCUAUAGUUGUCUUUAGUUCCAACUCUGAUGCUACGUUAAAAGUACAUGAUGUGGUUGCAGAAUGGCUAAACCGUACUUUCCAGAACUGGAAUUAUACUGUGUAUGUGGUCAAUAUCAGCAUCCACCCUGGCUCCAUAAAAGAGGGAACAAGGGAAAAAAGAAGUAUUAAAAGUUUUGGGGUUUUGGCUCUUCUGGUUUAUAAUUCUACCAAUAACAUCAAUUUAGAAGAGGAAGACAUCCGACAGAAGCUCAUAAGUAAUAAUGGGACCAUGGAAGGAGGAUAUAAGAUUCAUACUGUUGAUGUUGAUCCAGUGGAAAAAUGUUUAGCAGAAGAAAACCCUCCAAACUAUUUUUGGCCAGAUACCAGACCAACUGUUACCAACUUCACAUUAUGCCAUGGGAGCUCUGUUCAGACUGCAUCAAGAACCUGCUAUUUGGGUCUGCAGAAUUAUACAUCAUACUGGGGCCAGCCUGAUCUUAGAAAUUGCACAGAAAAUGCAGCUGACAUAGCCAAUCAGCUUCUGAAUCUCACUGGUGAAGGGCAACAGCUAACCUCAGACAAAGUGAAUGAUGUUGUGCAGAAGCUCAAAAAAAUUGUGAACGAUGAAGAAAUUGAUGAAUCUCUGGGUUCUACCGUGGUGACAAUUUUUUCCAAUAUUCUAACCAGUUCAGACAGUGUACUGGCAGCAUCAUCUUCAGAAGCUCUAAAAACUAUUGAUGCCUUGGCUUUAAAGAUCCAGUUCACUGGACCAUCCAUGAGUAUUUCAACGCGAAACCUCGCACUUGGAGUGUCUUCUAUAAACUCGACUUCAUUCAGAGGUGGUUCUUUCAGUGUCAGUCCACAAAAUAAUGCAUCUGAUUUCCAGAUAGAUUUUGACAAAGAUCAGACAAAUGCCAUCGCUUCUGUUGUUCUGCCACCAAGUUUACUGAAGAAUCUAAGUCAAGAUGAGUUUGAAGUUAUAUCCAGGGCUCAGUUUACUUUCUUCAAUAAAAAUGGUCUUUUUCAGGAUGCAGAAAAUCCUGCUGAUUUGACCAGUUUUGUGGUGGCAUGCAGUAUUGGAAACAUAACCAUUCAGGAUCUUCAGGAUUACGUGAAGGUUACAAUUAAGCAUACCAAAAUUCAGGAAGAUCCUAAGCCUACCUGCGUCUUCUGGGAUAUGAACAAAAAUGGUGGAAGUGGUGGCUGGAGCCCUGAGGGCUGCCAGGUGGACACAGAAUCCAAUGAAAAUGAGACGGUUUGCUUAUGCAAUCACCUCACACACUUUGGGGUCCUAAUGGAUCUUCAGAGAACCGUUACACAAAUAGACCCACAGAAUACCAAGGUCCUCACCUUUAUCACUUACAUAGGCUGUGGGAUAUCUGCUAUAUUUUCAGCUGCAACUCUUCUAACAUAUAUUGCAUUUGAGAAGUUGCGAAGAGAUUACCCAUCCAAGAUCCUGAUGAACUUGAGCACAGCCCUGCUCUUUCUUAACCUGAUCUUCUUACUUGAUGGCUGGAUUGCAUCCUUUGACAUAGAUGGCCUCUGCAUAGCUGUAGCUGCACUUUUGCACUUUUUUCUUCUGGCCACCUUUACAUGGAUGGGACUGGAAGCUGUUCACAUGUACAUUGCUCUGGUGAAAGUGUUUAACACCUAUAUACGGCGAUACAUACUGAAGUUUUGCAUCAUUGGCUGGGGUUUGCCAGCUCUGGUGAUAGCAAUUGUUUUUGCAAGUGCUAAUACAAAUGCAAGUCAUGUAUAUGGCAAACAGUUAUAUGGCAAAGAUGCUAAUGGACAAGGAGGAGACAACUUCUGCUGGAUCAAGAAUGAAGUUGUCUUUUAUGUGACAUGUGCUGGAUACUUUGGAAUCAUGUUUCUGAUGAAUGUUGCCAUGUUUAUUGUGGUGAUGGUGCAGAUCUGUGGGAGGAAUGGGAAAAGAACUAAUCGAAGCCUGAAGGAAGAGAUCCUGAGGAACCUCCGUAGCGUGGUCAGCCUGACCUUCCUCUUGGGCAUGACAUGGGGCUUUGCCUUUUUUGCCUGGGGUCCCUUAACUCUUCCUUUCCUGUACCUCUUCUCAAUUUUCAAUUCACUGCAAGGUUUGUUUAUAUUUGUAUUCCAUUGUGCAAUGAAAGAAAACGUGCAGAAGCAAUGGAGGAGACAUCUUUGCUGUGGCAGAUUCCGACUGGCAGACAAUUCAGAUUGGAGCAAAACAGCCACCAAUAUUAUAAAGAAGAGUUCUGAUAAUCUUGGGAAAUCCCUAUCCUCUAGUUCCAUUGGCUCCAAUUCAACCUACUUAACAUCCAAAUCAAAAUCUACAACAAAUACAUAUUGCAAACGGAACAGCCAUACAGAGAAUGUUUAUCUUGACAAGCCAUCUUCAAAAUUUGCCCAAGAUGAUGGAGAACAGACCUCAAUUAUCCCUGUCCACCAGGUUAUUGACAAGGUCAAGGGAUACUGUAAUCCUCACUCCAACAACUUCUAUAAAAAUAUCAUCAUGUCCGACACAUUCAGUCACAGCACAAAGUUCUAACUGGGCUUCUGAAUUUUUUAAACUGAAGGAAGACAGAAAGUCUUUUUUGAACUGCCAGUACUGGAUGUCAUAAAAUGUGACCUGUUUAGUUAUUUUUUCCCAGUUUAUAAUAUUCUCCUGUUAACAGCUCCCACUCAAGGACUGAUUUCUCUACCUUUUUACUGUUGUGGAAAAAGUCAAUUUUUCCACUAUGGUAUUGAGCUGUUUUUAAAUGCGCGCCAGCCAACAUGAUGCCUGGACAGCUAAUUGUAAUCCUGUGUAAAUAUUUCUUAAAACUGAAGAGCCACAAGCCUAUCUCUAAAUUAUAUAGUCCAGACAGAAGCGAGUCUUAACUCCUGAUGAAAAUAACAGACGUGACAUGCAGUACAGAAAAGCAGUUUACUGAUGGUCUUUUUCUGUUGAAAAAUACGUAUUUUUCCCUAUGACACUUGUUAGAUUCUUGCUUCUUUACUGUCUAGUGCUGUCUGUUCUUUAUUCAUAAGUGAAAAACCCUACCACCAGUGUUAAAGGGUUAUUUUAAACCAUUUUUCACUAAAUAGACCUAAUCAUGCAAAUCUUGCUUGCCAAAAGAGUAUGUGCUGUAAAUUCAGGCUAUAUUAUAUCCAUGUACAAAGAAAUACACGUAUUACAUAAAUGUGCUGGCUGAGAAAGUCAUGGAGGUCAUUAGUAACUUUUGCAGAUUUUAAACCCAUUGAUAUAUAUGGAAACACAGUCAUAUGUAUCAUUUGCAUCUGUGCACAACAAGUACACAGGUAAAUCCAAAGUUUACACAAAGUCAUGUUUCAACGUUUAUUGAUCGGUAUGUAUAAAACAGGGCAUCUCCAGUCAAUUCUAUGUUUAAUAUUCUUUUUCACUAAACAAAAUAGAAGACAUGCAGCUAUAUGUAGAUGUAUAAAUAUGUAUGUAGGACUCUCUCCACACGUUUUUAUAAUGCACACAGUAAAAUGACAGGAAACCACAAUGUGUACCACAGUCUUAAAAUGAACGGUGCUAAAACGUAAGUAUUUAAAUGCAAGAUGAAUACUUUGUAAACCCAUGGGUUCAUUUGUCAGUUUCUGUACUUCAGAUUGCUGUAUGUAUAGACACCUCCAUCAGAUGGCAUUGCAACAUUAGAAUAACCUGGAAUACAUUUACCAGUAAUAAAUAAAUAACAUCUUUCUGGGCACAUAA